GUCAGUGAAAUAAACAAAGUCGUGCAGUAUUUUCUUCGUACCUCAGCGAAAAAUACCUAUUUUUUCAUCAAAAUGCUACCCGAAGCGCUUUUAAAGCGCCUAGCCAAGCGGGGAAUUAUCCAAGGCGAUGGCCAACCGGGUCAACAGCAACCUCCAGUCCAAUCCCGCAAUCAGCCACAUCAACAACAACAACAUUCGGAAUCAUCCUCGGAAAGUGACGAUGAAUCUUCCGAAGACCUGCGAGGGGACACCGAUAUGAACAAUGAGGAAAUCAUUGCCGAAGAUUACGAUGAGUACGAUCAGGUCAAUCCGGAAUCGUUCGAGUAUCCGGUUCAUAAGAAGAAGGUCAAUCCGGCAAUGGACUGGACGGAGAAGAUGAAGCAGAAGAUGAUCAAACGAUAUGGGUUCCAAUCGGUCGACGGAUGUCAGAACAAGUACAACAUCUACCAUCACUGCACGAUGUAUUGCGUUCAAAGGUACGGUGAGGUGGAAUUCGAGAUCGAGAAAGAGUACGAGAAAAGGGUGAAGCGCUUGCUGGAACGGUAUCCGCUUCCGCGGCACUGGCGAAAGGAGUUCGACAUUGGGUGCAAGGCUUUCUACUUUUACAACAAAGAAACGAGAAUCGUUUCGUGGUUGCCCCCUACCCAUCCGGACGCCAAGAUGACCAAGAGCGCAAAGGUUCUACGAAAAGAAUUGAUGGAGAAAGCCAAAAACCAGGAGAAUGCAGGUGAAGGUGCUCCAAAAGCGGUGAUUGUGGAAAGCUAUCCACCCGUUCCGAAGCCAUCGAGUCAACCAAGUCGUGAGCCGAUGGUCGGACCGGUUGGUGAGAGUCUCAAACCACCGGUGGUGAAUCCACCGAAACGACCACACCCGAACAAGCAUCCAUCAUCGUUCCGGGACGACGAAAAACGACCCCGGAUGGGCACGGGAGGUCGUCCGGAUCGUGAGCGAGACCGUGAUCGAGAGCGCGAUCGCGAUAGGGACCGGGAUCGUGAUCGACGUGAUAGGCGAGACGAUCGCCGCGAUGAUCGACGGGAUCGCGAUCGGGACAGGGAGCGGGACCGAGGCGUCCGGAGAGGAGGCAAAUCGUCGGGCGGUGGUGGAGCGCUGGAUCCGAUGGAUCCGGCAGCGUAUUCGGAUAUUCCACGAGGCACCUGGGCGAGUGGGUUGGACGCGGCUUCGGGAGCAACUAAGAAGGACAAAGCAGAGAAAAAGGAGGAUAAGCGAAAGGGGGCGCCCCGCGAAGAGGACUCCGGCGACGAGCAUGAGGUGUUGAAGGUUGCGCCGAUCCAGGAAUUUACCCAGGAGGACGAAGAAAAGGACGAGUGAGGUGGUGAGUCUUGAUAGAGUGAAUAAAUUAAUGUUAAAUGGGUG